AGCGGUGUAAUGAUUAUAUUGUAUGGAACUGGGGGCAGCAGCGGCGGCUGCGGCAGUCGGAGCAGCCCGAGCCACGGGAUGGGUCCACGCCAGGGCCACCGCCGCCAGCCACAGCCGCCGCCGCCGCCGCCCGAGCCGCGCCGGUCUUAGGGCCGCCGCCCCCUGCCCCUGCCUCCCGCCCCCGGCCGAUGCCCACGUCGAGGAGCAGCCCCAGCAACAGCGGCCGCCGCCACCUCGGGAGGAGCCGCCGCCGGAGCCCGAGAGCAGGCGGCGCGGGGGUCGCCGAGGGACGCGCCGAGCGAAAAGCCGCCGCGGCGGCGGCCGGGAGAUGUGCCCGGAGGAGGGCGCGGGCGAGGACGCGGCGGGGCUGGGCGAGCUGCGCUCCUGGUGGGAAGUCCCGGCCAUCGCGCACUUCUGCUCCCUCUUUCGCACAGCCUUCCGCCUGCCCGACUUCGAGAUCGAGGAAUUAGAAGCUGCCCUUCAUAGAGAUGACGUGGAGUUUAUCAGUGACCUGAUCGCCUGCCUGCUUCAGGGCUGCUAUCAGAGGAGAGAUAUCACGUCUCAGACAUUCCAUAGCUACCUCGAAGACAUCAUCAACUACCGCUGGGAACUUGAGGAAGGGAAACCCAAUCCCCUGAGAGAAGCCAGUUUUCAAGACCUGCCUCUGCGCACUCGAGUGGAGAUUCUCCAUCGACUCUGUGAUUAUCGGCUUGAUGCAGAUGACGUCUUCGACCUCCUUAAGGGUUUGGAUGCAGACAGCCUCCGAGUGGAACCUUUGGGUGAAGACAGCACUGGUGCAUUGUAUUGGUAUUUCUAUGGAACUCGAAUGUACAAAGAAGACCCAGUACAGGGAAAAUCCAAUGAAGAAUUGGUUUCAAUCAAGGAAAAUGGAGGACAGAAAAGUGUCCCAAAUGUACCUGGAAAAACAGGAAAAAGAAGAGGGCGUCCCCCAAAACGGAAGAAAUUACAGGAGGAGAUUGCACUCAAUGAAAAACAAGAAGAAAACUCAACUUUAACACCACAGACAAGAAAUGGGACCCAAGGACCAGGGCAUGGGACCUGGUGGCUUCUGUGUCAAACUGAAGAAGAGUGGAAGCAAGUGACAGAGAGCUUUAGAGAGAGAACAUCCCUAAGAGAGCGACAGCUGUACAAGCUCUUGAGUGAAGACUUCCUGCCAGAGAUCUGUAACAUGAUUGCCCAGAAGGAAAAGCGUCUACAUCGGACAGAGACAGAAUUGCAUUCUAAAUGUGUGUCUGACCACCUGCCCAUCAAGUCCCUUAAGCACGAGGAGACCCCUGUACUCAGCAGAAUAGAGAAGCAGAGGCGCAAGGAGGAGGACGAAGAACGCCAAAUCCUUUUAGCCGUGCAAAAGAAAGAACAAGAACAGAUGCUCAAGGAGGAGAGGAAACGGGAAAUGGAAGAAAAGGUCAAAGCAGUAGAAGAUCGAGCUAAGAGGAGGAAGCUCAGGGAAGAACGUGCCUGGCUUUUAGCCCAAGGGAAAGAACUUCCUCCUGAACUCUCCCAUUUGGACCCAAGUUCUCCCACCAGAGAAGAAAAAAAAGCUAAGGAUCUCUUUGAGCUGGAUGAUGAGUUCACUGCCAUGUACAAAGUUCUAGAUGUUGUGAAGGCUCACAAAGACUCUUGGCCCUUCCUGGAACCUGUAGAUGAAUCUUAUGCCCCAAACUAUUACCAGAUCAUUAAGGUCCCCAUGGAUAUCUCAAGCAUGGAGAAGAAACUGAACGGAGGCCUCUACUGUACCAAGGAGGAGUUUGUCAAUGACAUGAAGACUAUGUUCAGAAAUUGCCUAAAAUAUAAUGGGGAAAGUAGUGAGUAUACCAAGAUGUCUGACAACUUAGAGAGGUGUUUCCAUCGGGCAAUGCUAAAGCAUUUUCCUGGUGAAGAUGGAGACACAGAUGAGGAGUUCUGGAUUCGAGAGGAUGAGAAGAGAGAGAAGAGGAAGAGCCGAGCUGGACGAGGGAGUGCAGGCAGCAUUUGGACCCGGUCCAGAGAUACUGAAGGCUCCAGCAGGAGACAGCAGCCUUUAGAGAAUGGGGGAAAGCCCCUACCAGCACCGCACCGAGCUUCCUCCUCUGCAGAUGACCAGAACAGCAGGACCCCGCAGCCACCCAGGGAGGUGGGUCCUUCCAAUGGCCGAGGCUUCUCUCAUCCUUUGCAUUUUGGUGGGAUGCCUAGCCAGGCACCUCUUUUAGGCCAGAUGAGGCCAGCAGUGCCAGGAACAUUUGGCCCUCUUCAUGGAUCCGAUCCUGUUAACUUAUAUGGGUCACCCCGAGUCCCAGAACCACACCCUGGAGAACCUGUUCAACAGCAGCACUUUCCAAUGCAGCCUCCGGUUGGGCUCGGUGUGCCAGAAGAAAACCAGGUGUGUGGAGGGCUGACUCAUUUCUCCACCAUGGGACCACAUCCCGGAAGCUUACAGCUUGGGCAGAUGGGCGGCCCUAACCAGGAUGGUAACAUGUACCCCCCAGCCCAGUUCCAGGCAGGAUUUAUUCCUCCCAGGCACAAUGGGCCUCCGAUAAGACAAGAAUUUUCUGAAAGUUCAGAUGUACCCCCUCCUGGUCACAUGUACAGACCAUACAAGUACCUGAAUCGAGUACACACUGCAGUCUGGAAUGGGAACCAUGGGACAACAAAUCAAGGUCCCUUGGGUCCAGAAGAGAAGGCCCCUGUGGGACCAGGAGCUUCUCUCCAACCUCGAAUUCUUGGUCACAUGAUGGAUCCUCGGGGAAUGAGAUCCUCUCUGCCCCCAAACCAGUGGACUGAACAGUCAAGCUUCCUACCUCAUGGGGUUCCUCCUUCAGGGUAUAUCAGGCCACCCUGUAAAUCAGGACAGAGAUUACAGCAGCCACCGGCACAGAGCUCUCUGUUUGGGGGACCCUCCCCAGCUCUACGGGGAGUACAAGGAGGAGAGUCCAUGCUGGACAGCCCAGAGAUGAUUGCCAUGCAGCAGCUCUCGUCCCGCGUUUGCCCACCAGGUGUGCCUUACCACCCCUGCCAGCCUCCUUCCCCAAACCUACCUGGGCCUUUUCCCCAGGGAGCUCAUUCAGCAGCAGUAAGCUCUAAGCCAGCCUUGGAAAACAAUGGGAGUACUCAGAACACCAGUGAAACAAAGGAACCUGAUGGUAAACAAGAGCCUAGACUUGAGGAGAAAUCACCGAGCCUUGGUGCUUCAGAGGGGACAUACCUCACCCAGCUACCUCAUUCCAAACCAGCCCUGCAGACUGACUGCAUCAGGCAGAAUUCACCACAGGAGACAGAAACAGACAGCCCCAUGGUCAAAAGGGACUCCUCGCAGUCUGGGGAAAACUGUAAAGCAACAAAGGGCCAGAAUACCUGGCCAGCAGACAGCAGCUACCCCAGCCCCACUGCCCAAGGCUGUAUGAGAGACCUUACAAGCAUGGCAGAGAGAGGGGUCCUCCCUGAAAAUGGAAUUAGUGGAGAAGCAUCCCCUUGUGGCUCAGAAGAAAAGGGACUGGGUGGUGGGACCUCCGAGAAGCCACUUUGCCCCCGGAACAAGACCUUUCAGGAAGCAGCUAUACCUUGUACAGGGCAGAACUCCAAUGCUUCUCGGAACAUGGAUGCAAGUUUGAUGGGCAGCACCGUCAACCAGUUUCCCCCUCUAUAUAUGCCUGGCUUAGAAUAUUCUAAUUCACCUGCACAUUACCACAUCAAUCCAGGUCUACAAGGUUUUGGUCCUAUGAUGGGGGGAAAACAGCCCCCAGUGUCACAUCCACAGCAUUUUCCCCCACGUGGUUUUCAGCCUAGCAACUCCCACUCAGCUGUGUUUCCUCGAUAUCGUCCACACCAAGGCAUCCAAUAUUCUUACCAGCCACCACCUCAGCCUUCCUUCCACCAUUAUCAGCGAACUCCUUAUUAUACAUGUCCACAGGGCUAUUCUGACUGGCAAAGGCCUCUCCAUCCCCAAGGAAGCCAGCCUGCUCACCCAGCUCACCAGGCUCCCCCACCAAGGCCCCCUUUCUCAGAUAAAGGGACCAUAGCCAAUCUGCAGGGUUGUGAGGCACUCAAUGCUACCCUAGCCUCCCCAACCCGAAUUGCUGUAGUGGGUGCCAAAGUGGUACCAACAGAUGGGCAGAAUCUAGGGCCCAAAGAAGAAAAACUGGAUGAAUCCAUCGAGAGGCCAGAGAGUCCCAAAGAAUUCCUCGACUUGGACAACCACAAUGCAGCUACUAAGCGACAAAACUCUGUGCCCGCCAACGAGUUCCUCUAUGGAGCUCCUUCCCCAGCCCUGAGUUCAGGGAUGAAUUUCAGUUCAUCCACUUUCUCACCCCACAGCAUGAUGCUACAAUCAGGGCCUCCUUAUGCAUCUCAACAUACAGCCAGUCAUUUUCAGCCUAGGGCAUAUUCACCAGUCACUGCUCACCCGUCUCAUCCAGCUGCUGGCCAGCCCAAUGGCCUCCCCCAGGAGGGCCCCCUCUACCGCUGCCAGGAAGAGAACAUGGGCCACUUUCAGGCCAUAAUGAUGGAACAGAGGGGCAACGUUAGCGGAAUGGGAGGACCUUUCCAGGACUUAUACAGAUCAUCAGGAAUGCAAAUGCAUCAGGCCCAGGCCCAGUCCCCCUUUCCAAAGUCUUCAACUCCAACAUCAUCAAGAAAAGAACUUCCCCCUCAAAAGCCCUCAGCCCUGCCUCUGGAUCAGAGCUAGUUCAAGGAAGAAAGAGCCCCCAAGACAGCAGAAGCUGCACAUGAAGACCUGGGCAUAUAAAACUGGAGAGGCUCGGCCAUUCUUGUUCACCUUUCUUCCCCUUCCCACCCCUGAGCCUUCCACAGUGGAAGCUUUUUACUGUCUGGCAACUACUGCUGUUCCAGAGAUCCCUGGGGCACAACCCUUAGAUGAUGAACACAAACUUUGCAGUGGUCUUGGGUCAGGGAUCUUCUGCAUGGCUGAUCUGGACAGAAAAGGAUGAGCCAUGUGCACCUGGAACUGGUGGUUUUUCAAGACUUGAGACUGAGGUCUCAUUCAGGGAAAAUUUUUAAAUCAGGGGUGGGAGGGGGAGAGCUGGUGAAAUGGGAUGAUUCAUAAUUUUCAUGAGCAGCUAAACUCAGGUAUAUAUUUGGGGACGGGAGAUGUAAUUUACUCGUAGUAUUAAUGUGUUUGGAUCUGGGUCCAGUUUACAGAAUUUACCUGUUGCCUUUUAAAAUAAUUUGUUUUGUUGGUGGUGAAUGUAUUGUAUAUAAAAUGGGAAAGGGAGGGAAGUGGAUGUGGGCGUCCCAACUGUAGUGGGCACGUAGCACUGGGGUGAUCCUCUACUGUUUACAAUCAUGUCACACUGAAAUCUUUCAGGAGCUAGAAGGGUCGGGAGACACAUAAUCACGUCACUUGUCCUCACGCUGUUCCUUAAUGGGUAGCCCUGCAUUCAAGCAUUCCCAAGCUCCUUUCUUUCCUAGAUUCACUGGAGGCCAUGUGCUUUCCAAAAGCAGACAAAUAAGCUUCGAAUAAGAAGUCACGUUUGCACCGUAUUAGCUGCUCUGUUUAGUGUUCUGUGGCCCCAGUCCAAGUUUUGAGAAACACUAGAGAUCAGGAAUGGGGGUCACUGGAAUGUUUCACUCAUUAGAAAACAAAAGUGGAUUGUCCUUCAGUGAUGGUCCUACCAAGACUGAUGCAGAAAGCUUCAUUAAAAAAGCUUCUGAACAUUUCAUCACAUUUUGUGGAAAGUGGCUACUCAGGUUUGUACAUGCUAGUAUCAAUAAGGAAACUUGUGUGGUUUUGAAUAGGAAAAAUGUAGACUUACGGUUUGAAUUUAGGAAUGAUUCCAUAUAUAGUUUAACUCAUCACAUAAAGCAAAAUCAUAAUAAAACUGGUCACAUCAUAAUUUAGAAGUUGCCAAGAGCAAGGUGUUGGGAAUCAUUUGCCUAUCCAUGUAUCGGUGGUAGGAUACAGUAUUACAGUAUUACUUUGAUCAUUUCAACCUUAGAAUGUGCAUUCUACUAGAUGUUUUGGAUUUAUAUUGUAAAUCCUAGCUGCACUGCCCCCCAAAUUAAUACCUAUCUGUUUAAAACUUCUAUAAGGACUAACUCUAAGGAAAAACAAUACUGAAAUCACAGGGUUUGGUUUAAUUUUUAAUAAAAGAAUAAUAAUAUCUACCAUAAUACAUUUGGGACAAUAUCCAGUCCCACAAAAUCAGCAUCUGCCCAGGUCCUUAUAAAAUUGCACUUCUAGAGACAGUUUCAUUAUAACAGCCCCUUUUCUCCCGCUCUCCGAACCCAUAAUGAAACCAGUUUGUUUUGUUCUUUUGUGGUCACAUGAUACACCUGGAUCCAGCUCCAGUCACAAAAGCCAGUGAAAGGUAGUAACACUUGGCAUAAUCAAGGUUAAAUGGGAGAGUGGAUGGACGGGAUGUGGGGAGGCUUCUUCCUCCAACUGAACUGUAUUCAUCUUUGCUUUUUGUCAGAUUUAGAAUGAAUUUGAAGUGUUGUCCUCACCUAAUACUCAUUUGUGUUAGUGAUCCACCACUGAUACAAUGGUUUAAACUGGAAAAGUGAGCCAGGCAAGUCAAGAGAAUUCUUAAUGCAAAAGCAAUAGGUCCCAAUGCACUUGAUUGCCUGAAAACACCCAAUUGCUCUUCAGCUGGUAUAACUUGGCUGAAAUGGAACCACUCUAAUCUAGGGACUGAAAAGGUCUGACUUUUUAUUGGUGUAGACCAGUCAAAAUUCAAGGUUCCUAGCCAUCAUGAAACAUUCACAGUCAGUCUCUUCUUUAAGUCGAGUUUGGAAUAUGUCAAAAGUUUCUUUUAACAUGAGGAUCGCUUGAGUCCUACUUAUGUAGAAAUGUAGCAAAAGCUUUAUUAAAGCCGUGUGAGGGUUCUUUUCCUCUAAUGAUUCUGCAAAAAGGAACCCUGAGCAAUAAUAAGCUGAAUUUCUUAUCUUUUCCUACACUCCCCCACCCCCAUUCAUGUCUGAGCUGUUCUCUAUACAAAAUGGCAUGAUGAGCAUCUUGUCCCCCACCACGUCUCUUUCAGCAGAUUCUGUGAAUACAAGGAAGAGAAACGCUAAUCUCUUCUUUGCAAUGUGAAGAGCACACUAGUCUGAAACAAGCAAUACAAAACUGAACUACUGUAUUAAAAUUGUUACACUGUGAACACUUGGGAUAUGUUAACACUUCCCCAUUGUCAGCUCAUCCAUCUUAAAUGUAUGUGAAUAACCUAAUUGUGUCCCCUUUGAGAUUUUAGUUGUAUAUGGUAGGCGUUAGUAUCACGUUCUUUUGUCCAGUAGUUCCCAAGCUGUUAGAGAUCACUUAAGGCCAUCCUUUAAGUGCGGAAACACUCAAACCUGAGCGUCUUGGUUUCAAGCCACAUUAAAUGGCAAAUUCAUUUAAGAUAAAGUUUGGACUUUGUUUCACUUCACUCAGAUUUCUCUAGCACUUCUCUCCUAGUUUCUUAAGCAGAUGCAAUGUCUUAAAGAACUGUCAAGACUUUGGCAGAUGCCUUCCUUUCAGUAUAGCCAGCUCCUAGCAACCUGCCCUAGGUAAAUUAUUGGAAUCCACAAGAAACCGGAAACCUUGUUUGCCAGACCUUUAUCCAAGAUGCAGACAGUUACCUAAGUAAGUUUUCCCAAGACAUGAAGUACAACACCUAGGGAGGUAAUUUUCACAGGUUCUUUCUUUCUCAAGCAAAAGUAGCCAGAUACAGGCACUUUUUCUACCCCUUUUCCCAGCUAUCCCUUCAGAUGUAAAGAAACCUUCUAGCUUCUUCUUGAUCAUAAUUGUCAAUCUCCAGAGCAAACCAAGUACACACAUGAAGGAGACUUUUGUGUUCACUCUGCACUUUGGUGAAGCAUACUAAAGCCCACUUUUUUGGUGCUGCCUUAAACACCUAAUAAUACUUUCUGUGACUUACCAGUAGGUGCCACUGUUGUCUGGAUCUUGCCUACGGUAUUAUUUAUUAUUCAUGGUAAUCUCUGCAAGCCUGAGGCUCUGCCAUAUGCUAGUGCUACAGAAGCACAUCCCUGUCAGAAGGCAGGAGCAAGCACUCUUGUCUGGCAUACUUGGUCAAACCUAAUUCAGUUUAUAUCUAUGUGGAACCCAACAUCCAAGAAUGGUUCGCCAGUCUACAGUUCUUGUAGCUUCCCUCUUUGGGGCAGCACUUGUUUGAAAGUUCACUUGAGAUCAGUCUUUCUCUACUCUCGAAGUUCUGUGGCAAGUGGAAUCAUAGAAUCUACUCAACUAUGCCUGCAAAGAUGCCCUAUGGUCUCAGGGUGGAACCUGGACUUUAUCCCAGCAUUAUGCUUCAUUCAGUGAGCCUAUCCACCCUUGCACAGGCUUCUACCAGCUACUCAUGGAAGAUCUCACUUCCAUAGUAAAAUAUUAGCAAAUUGCCUGCUCCAGGGCACCUUCAUGUGAUACUGGGAUGAGUGCCUUCCUUGCUCUCCAGUCACCAGGAGACUCAGGGUGUGUGUGUGUUUUCAAACCAAGUUUGUCCUAGUUGACACCUUAAAAAUCAACUUUCGUGUUCUCAGUUUCCUCACUCUUUAUCCUAACCUUAGGCAUCAUCGUCCAAUUAAGAGAGAAAUGUGAUUUUAGACUUGCUGACCAGAAAGAAAGCACAGAGUCUUUCUUUUACUGAUUGGGACUGGGUUCUCUCUGUGCCUCCGAGCCUAAAGGUACAUUGAUUGACCUUGCCUUCCACGAAACCCACCAUUGCAACUUGGGUGGGAAUUGUCCUUGAAUCCUUCAUUGCUGUUUUCCAGCUGUCAGCUUUUGCCAGCAGGCCAUGUGAUGCUUCUCCUUUCUACUGCAUGUUAUUUAACACGCUGUAAGGGCCAGUCAUUUCCACCUUGUCUUUGCUUUGACCCUUAACCUAUCUCUUUUUACUGCUGUACUCCACUGGACUGACUUUGACUGAUGUAUAAAAAGACUGGGAACAAGCUGAUUGUCCUGCAUGUUUUUUGAAAGGUAUUGGGGUGGGAACAAAGGUGUUGUGGGUAUCAAGUAAGUUAUUGAAAUGCUGAACUCCUUUCUCUCCAUGUAGUGACCUCUUCUUUUCCCCCAGCUUGGGCUCAGGUACCUCACUGCUGCCUUCUACGCUGUUCCUGGUAGCCUGGUUCAGGAUCCACCAACCAGCCUGUAGCACACAGUGUCAGGGAUUCUUUGCUCCUUCUGCAAAAGCUGUGUGAACUUUCCUGGCCAGUACUGAAAAGGGGAAUGCUAUUUAUUUUUAUAUUUGUGUAUAUUUUGUCUUGGUCUGCUGAUUCCCUUUUUCCCUGAGAGCGACACUUACCUCAAUAGUUAGUUCAAUACUGUGUUGAAUACUUUUUUUAAAGAACUUUUUAAAAGCUUUUUGAUCCUUGGAGGUCUGUAGAUUUAUUUCCAUAUGAAUUGGUUAUUUUGUA